UCCUCCAGCUGCGCGGCGAGAGGUUUGCGAUUGCCAUGGUCACUGUGAGGAUCGGAGGUGAGACCGGGUAGAAAACCGGCAUGAAUAAAAUGCAAUUGAUGGGCAGGAUCAUGAACAUGAGAUCCUACCAAGUGGCUCUGUUACUGCUGGCUGCACUGGCCGUGUUUGGCUUCUAUUACUUGGGCUCAGGGAAGGAGAAUUUCUCCAGUACCACCAAGAGGAUCAAGGAGAGCAGAGCUUCCCAGAGCCCCAGCUUGGACAUGGACCUGUCAUCCUCCUCCUCCUCCGAACUGAAGCUUAGUGAAGGCAAGAGCAAGAACAUGGAGAGCCGUGGGACACAGGACUACCACCUGCUGAUGAUGUUCACCAAGGUGCACAUAAACCCCGUGCUCCGGGACAAGUUCCAGGUGGCCCUCAGCUCCCUGGUGAGAUAUGGGAAGUUUGAGAGUAACGAGGUCCUCAGCCUGCACUUCGUGUCUGAUGAGCCCAGUAAAGAGAUGGGCAAAUCGGUGAUGAGGGACCUGCUGCAGGGAGCCAGCUUCAAAUACAAGGUCAUAUUCCAUGAUGUCAGUGCCCUAACCGAGAAGCUGUUUCCCAUAGUAGAAGCCAUGCAGAAACAUUUCAGUGCCGGUACUGGAACGUACUACAGUGACUCCAUCUUUUUUCUUUCUGUAGCGCUUCACAGAAUAAUGCCAAAAGACAUAUCUCGGAUUAUUCAGCUGGACCUGGAUCUGAAGUUUAAAACAAACAUUCGGGAACUGUUUGAGGAGUUUGACAACUUUCUACAGGACUCUGUGAUAGGCAUAGCACAUGAAAUGCAGCCUGUGUACAGACAUACUUUGUGGCAGUACCGUCGGGAGAACCACAACACCAAGGUUGGUGACCCACCACCAGAAGGCAUGCCUGGUUUUAACAGUGGAGUGAUGCUUCUGAAUCUAGAAGCCAUGCGACAAUCUAAACUUUACAAUCAGCUACUUGAACCAAAUACUGUGCGUCAGCUUGCAGAGAAAUAUCACUUUAAAGGACACCUUGGGGACCAGGACUUUUUCUCCAUGAUUGGGAUGGAGCACCCAGAGCUAUUCUAUGUCCUUGACUGCGGAUGGAACAGGCAGCUCUGCAUGUGGUGGAAAGAUCAUGGCUAUGCUGAUGUAUUUGAUGAAUAUUACAAAUGUGAAGAACAUAUCAAGAUUCUUCAUGGGAACUGCAAUACUCCAAUCCCAGAUGAUUAGAAUGUAUUUAUUUCUACAGCCACAUGGAUGUUGUUUGGCUGCCUGUACCACUAUUAGCUUAAAUUGACGGUUGUAAUUGAUGAUACAUUUUUACACUCACAUGGAAGAACAACCCAUUCUUUCUUCAGUUUCUAUGUUACACUUUCUUCUAUAAUUGUGUUUUUAUGCUGUCAUAUUUUGUUCUGUGCUAUGUGCUGUACAUAUUUUGUUAUCAGAGUCAUCAGCAUAGAAACUUCUUUCUUUUUAAUUAAGUGGCAGUGCAGGAGUUGAGGCUUCAGACACUACAGUGAGAUAGAUUAUCUAAGAAUGUCAGCCAGUAUGGACACCUCCAUUCUGGCUUCAGGGAUGUCACAGUAUUUGUAUAUAUUAACACAUUUAACCAUCAUUGUAAAACUCUUUAGGAAGUCAUAGAAACAAAA